AUGACCUCCUGUGAGCACUCAGCUCCCGCAAGAGCUUCGAGCGACCCCUAUUUUGAUCUGGGAACAUUCGGGCGGAAAGUCACCACCAAUUCCCAAGAAGCGCAGAUAUGGUUCGACCGAGCACUCGUAUGGACGUACUGCUUCAAUCAUGAUGAAGCAAUCCUUUGCUACCAGCAGGCGAUUGCCCAUGAUGAAAAUUGUGCGAUGGCCUAUUGGGGCGUAUCCUUCUGCUCAGGGUCAAACUACAACAAGACAUGGGCUUUGUUCGACGACAAAGAUCGAGUCAAUGCAAUUCAAAGAUGUUAUGUCUUUUCACAAGAAGCUCUCAGAUGCGCUGAGAACGCGUCGGAAUGGGAGCAGGCGAUCAUUAAUGCCCUUGCCAAACGGUAUCCCAACGAUGACCCAAGCAGGGAUCUUGCCGCAUGCAGCAAGGCAUACGCCGAUUCUAUGAGAGAGGUCUACCUGCGUCUCGGACUCGAAGACUUUGAUAUCAUCACCUUGUUCGCGGACGCAUUGAUGAAUUGCGCCCCUCGCAAGCUAUACGACGCCUCGACGGGACUCCCGAUAGCCUCUUCACCUGUAUUCGAAGUGAAAGACUUGCUCGAAAGAGCUUUGAAAAUGCCAAAUGUCGAGAAGCAUCCAGGUCCUGCGCACAUGUAUGUUCAUCUGAUGGAGAUGUCGGCAACUCCUGAGGCUGCUCUACCUGCGGCUGAGAUGAUUCGUGAAAUAUUUCCCGAUACCGGCCAUACUUUUCAUAUGCCCGCGCAUAUUGAUGUCCUUGUGGGUGAUUACCGGCGCGCAGUCGAAUACAACUUGAAGGCGACCAUCGCAGAUGACAAGUUCUUCAGACAAAAUGGCGGCCUUACAUUCUAUAGCUACUAUCGCCUACACGAUUACCACUCCCUUAUUUACGCCGCGAUGCUUGGUGGAAUGUCGAAGGCGGCAUUGUCAGCGACCGAUCGAAUGGAAGCGACUAUCACAGAAGAAAUUCUUCGGGUAGAAACACCUUUCCUUGCAAGCUGGAUGGAAUUCUUCAAGGCCGUCAGAGUUCAUGUAUUCAUUCGCUUCGGUAUGUGGGAGGAACUUAAGAAGCUCGACCCACUAGAAGAUAAAGAGCUUUAUUGUGUCACCAAUGUCAUGAGGCACUAUGGAAAGGCCAUCGCCUAUGCGGCUACCUCUGAAGUUGAGAAGGCAGACAAAGAAAUCGAACUCUUUAAAGCUGCCUCCAAACUUGUGCCUCCUACACGCCUCGACUUCCCCAACAAAAUUGUCGACAUUCUCAGAGUGGCUUCCGCUAUGCUUGAUGGCGAAAUCGAAUACAGGCGGGGAAAUUACGACGUUGCUUUUAACAGAUUGAAAGAUGCAAUUACUUUGGAGGACGAGCUACCCUUUGCGGAGCCAUGGGGUUGGAUGCUUCCAGCAAGACAUGCCUAUGCGGCCCUAUCUCUGGAACAGGGCAAGGUUGAGCAGGCUGCGCAAGCUUAUGCGGAGGAUUUGGGACUCCUGCAGACACCAGGACGAGCCCAUCACCAUCCAAAAAAUGUCUGGGCGCUUCAUGGUUAUCACGAGUGCCUGGAAAUUCUGGGUCGGCACGCAGAGGCAACCAUUAUCAAGCAACAGCUUUCUCUUUCUCUAGCGGAGGCAGAUGUACAAAUCACAUCUUCAUGCUUUUGUAGGCUUGGGAAUAACUCUUCGUGCCAAAAGGCCAAAGCCAACGGUUGUCAUGAUGGGAAAUCACACUGUGCAAGCUAG